GUGUGGGAGGCCCUCGUGGAGGCGCAGCUCGCCGGCUGGCUCCAGGAGCGCCUCGCCGCGGGCGCGGACGGCGCCGCGGCCAGCGAGGGCGCGGGCGCGGCCAGCGGCUCGGGGUCCUUUGGCGCCCCAGACGGGCCGCCGCCGCUUCAGCCAGACGAGGAGGCUCCGCGGGGCGCACAGCCGUCGGAGGGGGCGUUGCGGGACUUGCUCGCGCUGGAGGUCAAGGAGAACGGCCAGAACCUCUCCGCGGGGCAGCGCCAGAUGGUGGCCAUCGCGCGGGCGGUGCUCCGCAGCUCCAGGCUCGUCCUGCUCGACGAGGCCACCGCGGCCGUGGACGCGGCCACGGACGCAGCGAUACAGCUGGCGGUCCGAAGGUGCUUCGUGGGGGCAACGACGCUGACGAUAGCGCACCGGCUGCAGACCAUCCUGGAGACCAGCCCGCCGAAAGCCGGGUCGGGUGUUGCUGGGAGAGGUCGCGGAGCUGGGGCCCCCCGGGGAGCUGCUCGAGCGGCCCGGCGGAAUCUUCAG